CUGAACAUAGCUAUCACGUCUGUUGAGAGCAACGUAGUAAAUAUUCUCAGCGUGUGUUGACCAAGGUUGGCGCUGCAAGCAAAACCCGGAAACAAGUUAUCGCCGCGUUUCUCUCUGCCUAUUUGCAGCGCGUAAGGACACGGUGAUGCAGGCACUCGGGUCAUGCUCGCAGCGCAGCUGCGGGCUGCGGGCAAGCCGGCAGGGAGGUGGAGGAGCGGCUGCGCGUUGCGGUCGCCAGGCACCUCCGAUGGUGAUGGUGCGUGCCGGGCCCCAGGGCCCCUCCUCGCAGCCCCCCUCCCCUGCGACCUCCCCGCCCGCCUCUGCGCCUGCCUCCGGCGCCCCACCUGUACGGGCGCCCACGGACUGGGCGGCACGCGGCCGGCAGCGCACCCGGGGCGAGGUGGUGGCGGCGGGUGCACGGCUGGGUCUCAAGGCUGCUGACGUGGAGUCGGCGCUGGACGACUUCGAGUCGUUGCUGCCGCAGCUGUGCAUCAGCCUGGAGCUCAUGCGGGCCAGCGAUUGGGCCCGGGUAGUUGUGGAUCCGGAACUGGCGUCCAAACUGGUGCUCAUCAAGGUGGCCUUCCCCGCGCUCAAUGUCGAGGACCUGCUGACCAAGCACCCCCGCACGCUGCUGUGGAGCAGGCAGACCCUGGAGAAAAACAUUGGCGAGGUGUCCAAGGUGCUGCACCAGCUGCCGCGGCCCGAGGUGGUGCUGGCGGUGCUGCCCGAGGUGCUGGACCCCAAGCAGUGCUUCAGCGUGGUGGCCACCCUGCGCAAGUGGUUCCCCAAGAGGGACCCGCUGGAGGUGCUGCAGGCUGACCCGGACGUGGUCCGCCGCGCGGAGCGUGUGGACGUGCCCCUGGAGCCGGUGUUCUUCGACGCCGCCACACAGACCUGGACCGCGGCGGGGUACAGCCGGGAGAAGCAGGAGGAGUGGCAGGUGUACAUCGAGAAGGAGAUCUACAAGCGCAAGCCGCAGCCCAUUGACAAGCAGACGUCGGUGGUGGUGGGAGGCGGCGGAGGGGCGGCAGGAGCCGGCGGCAGGGAGGCGGCGACGGCGGGCUUUGCGGCGCCGCCGGAGGCCGCGGUGGCGGUGGAGGCAGCGGCGGAGGCGGCUCGGCUGGGCCUGGGGUGGGGGGCGGAUGCUCGGCAACAGUGAUCGCUGGGAUGAAGAAAACAGUGAUUGCUGGGAUAAAGAAGAGUACCGAAGAGAUGAUUGAUCAGAAGAAGGUGUGGUGGGCAGCAGGAGAUGACCGCCUGUUGUGCACAUGUGCACGGGCCACCUGCGCAGCAAUUAUUACUUGGGGUUUGGCAGCCUCAUUCAGCGGUUCCCUAACUCUCAAUCUAGACCAUCUCACAUCGCCUGCAAAGCAUACAGUAUGCACUCGCUUUUGGGUCUUGUGCGCGCCACCUGAUCUCGUCAAAUGCGGGCGACUCGGUUGCCUGAACCCCCUCGGAAGUCGCGCUACUGGGGACCCUUACCGUAC